AUGGCGAAAUCAAUGAGAUCGAAGAGGGAGAAGCGGCUGAGGGCUAUUAGGAGAGAGAUUGUUCAACCUUUCUAUGACGAGAAAGAAGCCGCUAAACUUUCUGCCCAAGAAGCCGCUCUUGCUGCACCCAAGCUUCAAGUUCCCGUCCGAUCAAGCAAUACCAUGGAAAUUUCCACUUCCACGGUCGACAACACUAACAGAAUGGAUGUGGAUAUGGCUGAUGAUAAUAAGAGCAAGAUUUCCUUGAAGCCUGCUGGUAAAAUAGGGAAGAAAUUGAAGAAGAAAUUUAAAAUGGCCAAAGGUAAUCGCCGUAAUGGUAAUGGAAAGCCCAGUAGAAAGCGUCACAUAUGA